UCUUUACCCAACCGACUCCCAUUAACUCUACACCUCCGCUCCUGCUAUUUGGCAUACCAAGACACCGUCGCCGCGUUCUUCGCAUUCGCUGGCUUACACACUAUUGGCUUGGUCGUUUCCGGUGCUCCUCCGUCGGUUCCAGUGGAUAGUAGGGUACUAUAAAAAGGAUGAGUUUGAGAGGAGGGCGUGGCAAGCCUUUUGCUGUUGGUCGUGACAAUGGUCAGUCUUCCAAGGGGAAAAACAUCUCUGAUGUCUCCAUCCCCAAAGUUGAGCAGUUGAGUCAGCAUGUAGCAGACACUAGUUUGGAUUCUUCGCAAGAUGGUGAUGGAUGGGAGGUUAUUUCAAGGAAGUCUAAGAACAGAGCUGGAAGCAGUGCUGCAAAACCUUGGGGUUCUCACAAUUCAAAUCCUAAGCCAUGGGGAGGCGUGAGGAGCCACAAUGGUUCAGGAAGAGCCUCUGGCAAUGCCUGGGGGACACAGAUCACUGAUUCUAAGAUGGCUAGUGGUAGAGGGAAUGCAAGACCUCAGAUAUCCAACAGGACUUUUGAGAAUUAUCUGGCCCCACAUUCUGUCAUUCCACCUCCCCUGGAGCAGGGAUGGAACUGGCAAUCUAGAGCUGGUUCUGCUCCAUCAAAGGGUCUAGAAGAUGGUCAAGGAAAAGAUAGGGUGCAUUUUGAUGACCAAAAGGAAGAUGAUGUUGAUGAGGUGGAUGAUGAUUCUGAUGCUGAUGCCAUAGAUGAUUCUGAUGAUGGGUUUCUGAGUGAUGAAUUUGAUUCAGAUGCUAGCCAAAAGAGCCAUGGGACCAGAAAGAAGAACAAAUGGUUUACAAAAUUUUUUAAUGAUCUGGAUAGUCUGAGUGUUGAGCAGAUUAAUGAAACAGAAAGGCAGUGGCAUUGUCCAGCAUGCCAAGGUGGUCCAGGUGCCAUUGAUUGGUAUCGGGGUCUUCAACCUCUGAUGACACAUGCCAAAACAAAAGGAUCAAAAAGGGUGAAGCUUCACCGUGAACUAGCAGAACUUCUUGAUGAGGAAUUGCGCAGAAGGGGUGCCUCAGUUGUUCCAGCAGGUGAAGCUUUUGGGAAAUGGAAGGGCCUAAAAGAUGAGGAAAGAGAUUUUGAAAUAGUCUGGCCCCCCAUGGUUGUCAUAAUGAACACAAGGCUUGACAAGGAUGAUAAUGAUAAGUGGGUUGGGAUGGGAAACCAGGAGCUUCUUGAGUACUUCAGUGCAUAUGCUGCUGCAAAGGCUCGUCACUCAUAUGGUCCACAGGGGCAUCGUGGUAUGAGUGUUCUGAUAUUUGAGAACUCGGCAAGGGGUUAUUAUGAAGCGGAGCGUCUGCAUAAGCACUUUGCUGAGCAAGGUACACAUAGGGAGGCCUGGAAUCGCAAUCAUCCUGUCUUAUUCCUUCCUGGUGGAAAGCGCCAGCUUUAUGGUUUCAUGGCUACAAAGGAAGACCUGAAUUUCUUCAACCAGCAUUCACAAGGCAAAUCUAGGCUGAAAUUUGAAAUGAGAUCCUACCAAGAGAUGGUUGUUAAGCAAAUGCGGCAAAUGGCUGAGGAUAACCAGCAGCUAAUUUGGUAUAAGAACAAGGUAGCUAGAGAGCAAAGGGCUAAAGUUGCUUUAGAAGACUCUUUGGGAUUAGUGAGUGAGAAGCUUAGAAAGACUAUGGAGGAGAACCGUAUUGUCAAACAAAGGACCAAAAUGCAGCAUGAAGAGAACAAAGAAGAGAUGGAUAUGCAAGAGCAAUUUUUCAAAGAACAAAUCAAAUACAUGCACGAGGCAAGAGAUGCUAGGGAGGAAGAAUUUGAGAAGCUGCAGCAGCUAGAGCGUGAGAAGGUCAAGCAGUUGAACCCUAAUCCUUCAAAUACUGAGGAAUACAUGCGCAGGGCACAAGAAAUUGAAAAGUUCAUAAAGUUUCAAGAUGAAGAAAUGGAAGCCUUUGUGUCUGAGAGGGAUGAACUGAUUAAGAUGCAUGAAGGCAAGAUGGCUGAGAUGAGGAAGAGGCACCUGGAAGAAGAGGUUGCACUGGAAAAGGAGUUUGAUGAUGGAUUAAAUCAGCUGAUGGAGAAGUACAUGCCAAAAUCGAAUGGCUCGCGGCUGACCACUGCAUAGAUUCUAAUGGUAAUAUGGUAGGGAAACACUAAUCCAUCUAGAAAAUUCAGCAGACUUAUAAUCUUAGUUUACAGAAGCUUUUGGAGAUAAAUGGCUUUCUCCGCCUGAAUUACACAGAAAAUAUACCAGAGGAUGGGCAUAUCUUUAGUUUUUCCGUAGCCGUUACCAGACUUCUGUAUCUGAUCUGAUGCUAACUCUGUGACUCCUGCAAACACCAACUUUGCCAAGCAAUAAAAGACGAGACUUUUAUAUCCUGUUAUAUUUGAUGUCUUGCAUUUGCAUUUCACCAUUUUCUGGCUUGAGUUGAAUGAAAACCUUAUUACUAAAGGAUUAACAAAAAUGACUCCCAAAUGUACUGACUGGGUGAUUUUAACAUACUUGUUGCCCUUUCGUCGGUCACCUGAAAUCGGUAAAGAGGGAGCUAUUCUGAUUUAGCACAAUAGAAGAAGAUACGCAUU